AUGGAGGCCUCCUAUGAAGCUCUGCUGGAGCUUGAAAAGAGCAAUCAUGGCUCCCCAGUGAACCAUCUGAAGGAAGCCGCGCGAAUUAUUAGGGCUGAUUUGGACUUAUAUGCUUGGGGCCGGGCACCUGAAGCUUCGACCGCAAUUGUCGCCCAAGCCGCCGCUGCACCAAAGGAGGAAUGGGUGCUGCGUUGGUUGAUGAAAAAGCUAAAGGCUCCAACGACUGACGCGAAACCGAGCUACAAGGUCGAAGAAUCUUCAUGGGUACUUUUUCGCAUAUUACUGGAUCGGAUUUCUGCAAGGACAUUAUCAACGAUCUUGACGGAGAACAAUUUCCUGGGUAUAUUGCAGGCUUCCCUUGAAGAGAUAGGACAGUUGUUGUCGCGGGUCCCGGACCUUGUCGAAAAACAUGAGAAAUCUUCGAAACCAUCGUCUGGGGGUAGAAAACGUAAAAGGGCGGAAGCCACUACCGAAAUUGGUCCGCCAAAUGUUUCUUCUUCCUUGCAAACCUCUCCGAUUGAGGUUUUCCUUUCACUUACGAACGCCGUAAGACACUUUGUUGCCUUGGUGGAUCGGACUCCGGGCUUUCAAACCGCAUUGAAAUCACAAAUUAAACUUGUGUUGCAGGGAGAACCACCCGUGGCGGCCAGUUUACUCAGUCAAACACUACGCUGCGCGACGGCAGUUUUUCAUUUGCGCAACAGUCCUAAUUUAGAGGUUGAGGACCAACUAUUCGGAGGCUUGUCAGCUGUUAUAGAGAUCUGGAAGCUUAGAUUGGAUGGUGUAGAUGAAGAUGCUGCACUAAGUAAUGGCCAUUUCACUACCAAAGUGUUGGAGCUUGCCUUAAAACUCCUCGCAGCGGUUCCAGGAGGUACAACCGAUUCGGAGAGGAAAAAGAGUUUUGUACAAGGCAUCGAGAGACUAAUAGUAUUGCAUAUCGUUUUGCCUCUGCGUGAUAUCUAUUUCACGUCGGCGCUUCCGGAUUCUAGCCCAAUGGAGCAUGGGAUACCAACCAGCCAGGUAAACGAUAUCUCGAAUGCGCUGGAUUCGCGGGUGGGAAGCGAAAUUAUGGGACCCUUAUCUGAAUUCUUUCCGGUACUUUUGGAUAUCGCUAUCCGUGCCUUGCCGCGAGAUACAUUCAAACGACAGGCGACCGAGGCUCCAUGGUUGGAAACUUUCUUCGCAGCGCUCUCUGCUCGUGCGGGCUACUCUUUGUCUGCAGAAAAGGGAUCGGAGCCUAGGACCGGUUUUGCAUUAUUGCAAGGCCUCUUUGAGGUUGUUAUUACUCGAAAGAUGGCCCUGUCGCUUGGUAUUCUUAUCCAAUACGCUAUACGAUUUUCUGGGAUACAUAAAGACUAUGAGUUCAACACGCAGUGGAAGUUAGUAUCUCAAAUUAUUCAAAUCGGCGUCGACGUCUUUGUGCCAAAUUCCGGACUCAGCGAAUCAAGGUCUCUACUCAAUUCUCUCAUUAGUCGGAUAACCUCGGUCUGCCGACAACCAGAAAAUUUGUCCAGUGACAUUUACAAUCUUAUCAAAACUGGUAUCAUUAUCCCUCUAUUCAAUGGUUUCUUUGGAGCAAGAGAUAGUGAUACCAUCUUGCGGAUUUGGACCGAGCAGCUUCUACUCCUUGAUGAAGCACGUUUGAACAACGGCAAAACUCCCUCGUUUUCCGUCUGGGAGGACGACGAUCUGUCUAGAGUCUAUGGGACGUUGUUACUCAGCAACAUAUCGGCAGGACAUACCAACUCUCAACUCGAUCCAAUCGUCCCCGCGUUGUCAGAACAGGGUGAAACUUCGUCGCUUUACGCCAACCUAGUCAUCCUGGAUUCUAUUUUCCUUCCCCGACAAGGGAAUAACGAAGAUGCAUCCCGAAAGCUCUACCGUGAAACCAUCUUUACGUCGGUUGUGGCGUUGAUAACAUCCCGUUCUAAGCGAUACUGGAGAUGGCGGCUAUGGAGAGUUUUGGAGAAUUUAACAUGCCAUAUCGGCCGUUUGGAACAAGAACCGUCCGAUACUAUAACAACUUCAAUAUUACCUAUCGCCAAGGGAAUCUUUCCAGGGAUUUACCGCAAACCAGGAAGUUCUGAUAUUGCUAGACGUUGCCAAGAGGCAUAUUGUUGUUUCAAAUUCGUCGUUUCACUUUCCGGAAAGCUUGACGAUACCGUGCUUGGUGGCUAUCUUGAUGAAUUCGCUACUGUGCUUACUACCGUACUGGAGAAGGUAUCGAAUCCCGCUGCUGCAUGGAAUGGUCAGAUGGACAGCGUUGAUUCUCCAGAUAAUGUUGCAAUUGCCUGCCUCGUGACGCUUUAUAGUAAUGGUCGCGCCCUGGGACUUCUUUCAACGGAAUUUCGACGGCGAUUGCUUACUGGACUUUUGGUUUUAGCUGAAAAGGGCCGAAAGGACACAAUUGCCAAGGGGCCAAGUUCACCUGCGGCUAGAGCCGUUGACUUGGUUGAAGUUUGGACAUUGUUUGCGUCCCGCGAUUUCCUUUUGGCUUUCCCGAACGCAGUUUAUGACUUAACUUUUACUCUUUACGAACGACUUCAGGGAGGAGCUGAAAGCCGCCAAAUGCUCAUUCAAAGCCUUCUGAACGUUCCGGUCAAACUUAUUGCACGUCAUCAAAGGGGUAGCCUCCUCGAUCUCCUUGAAAACAUUCUUCUCGAGGGGAACCUUGGUUCGGAAUUGCAGCUCGACAUAUUGACUCUAAUGACAAAAUUGAUUGAUGCACCUAAAUCACCCGCUAAAUUAACAAGCGGGGAUGCCACCCUCUGGAAGCUUGCAAAAUCGAUAUCUGUUGGUGAUACCGAGGCGGACGUGCAAGUUUUCCACGUAUUCAAGCAAUUGCACAGAGCAGUCCUUGACAAGGUUCUGGUUUCCUCGGGGGGGAAACUAAGUAAAUACGGCCGGAAGAUCUACAAGAAGGCUUUGGAUAUUGAAAAAAGUCAGAAGUCCAGCAACUUUGAGACAAUAGGAUAUUACUUCCUGGCCUUGUCCGUUAACGCGCUUUAUAUUCACCAAGCAGAAUUUGACGAUGGAGAACGCGAGAGUAUCCAACUCCUUCGAGCCGACAUAUUUAAAGAAGUCUUGUUGGCCCUGAAAUCAUCCUCUCGACAACUCAAGAAGCGGCCGUCAAAAUUGAAACUUGUAUUUCUAACUGGCAUUUUUGGUGUUGCGGAUACAGUUCAAGAUCUACUACAUGGGAACGAAGAAGCUUUUGAAAUACUUCAAGAAUUGGAAAGCCGUGCAACUGCAUCGGACUGUGACGCCAAUGUCAAAAGUCUCGUCAAACGGCGGACUCUUGCCUACAAAUCGCCAGAAAAUAACAUCAUGUCAUUAUUUGAAUACUCUUCAUUGUUUUCGGCUUCGCAACUUCAAGCAAGGGACCAAAAAUUGCUGGUUUUUGAACUUCAUUCGAAGCUAUCUGCUCUCUCGAAGGACACACUGAUAAGCUUCUUGCACGACAUGCGCAUUUCAAAGGUCUCUGAUGAUCAAGUGGCUUAUCGCUUAUUAUUAACAGGAAUGGCUAGUGGAUUAUUGAAUCCUAUCGACGACAGAGAAAGCGCAGCAUCUCUCGAGUUAACUUCGACAUUUACGCAUGUAACGGACGCAUUGCUAGACUGCAAAGCGAUAGAGCCGUUCUCUUUAGCCACAGAGUGCCUUGAUAUUAUUCUACGCACACAGCCGCGCUCUGUGUCGCAAUGGAAUGUUGAUAAUAUUCUUGCAAAAAUAUCCGUUGUAGUCUCUCCAUCUGGCCCUCAAAUUUCACCGAGAGACGCCGGCACAAUCUACACACGUGUUUGCCGACUUUUGGGGACGUUAUUUGGACUCUAUCGCAAAAAGCUUAGUGGAAGAUUCCAUCUUAUCCUUCCGGUUGCGCAACGCAUGCUGCGUUGCCUUUUUGCCAGUGAUUCAAGGCCAACCAAAUCUUCGCUAUUUACAAGUCAUCCACCCUGGCUCGAUUGUACCGGCACCCCUCUCCAAGCUGAACAUGCGGCCCAGUAUACUCGCCUUCUCUCUUCGCUUUGCGACCCUACCGUUUCAGCGGUUGAGAACCAGCGUAGAGGACCUAAUCAAGGUUUGAUUGACAACACGAAAAAGGUUAAAAGCCUUGCUGGGCAAUAUCUGCAGUAUCUUAUUAUAGAAUAUGCAGGAGCACAAUUGCGAGGCCAUUUGACACCGGAAAUCAAAGCUGCAUUGAUGCCGGGGUUUUAUUCGGUGCUGGAUGUUAUGUCAAAGAGUACUAUGCGGGCUAUGAAUGCGGCCAUGGAUCCCUCUGCUCGGGCGGUUUUCAAGGGGUUAUAUGAAGACUAUGUGAAGUUUGGGAAGUGGAAUCAUGAUUGA